UCUCUAUUGAGACAGACAUUGAUAUGAUGUAUGAUAUGAUGUAUGAUAUGAUGUAUGAUAAGAUGUAUGAUAAGUUGUAUGAUAAGUGUAUGAUAAGGUGUAUGAUAAGUUGUAUGAUAAGUUGUAUGAUAAGUUGUAUGAUAAGUUGUAUGAUAAGAUGUAUGAUAUGAUGUAUGAUAAGAUGUAUGAUAAGUUGUAUGAUAAGUGUAUGAUAAGGUGUAUGAUAAGUUGUAUGAUAAGUUGUAUGAUAAGUUGUAUGAUAAGUUGUAUGAUAAGAUGUAUGAUAAGUUGUAUGAUAAGGUGUAUGAUAAGUUGUAUGAUAAGGUGUAUGAUAAGGUGUAUGAUAAGGUGUAUGAUAAGGUGUAUGAUAAGUUGUAUGAUAAGUUGUAUGAUAAGGUGUAUGAUAAGUUGUAUGAUAAGGUGUAUGAUAAGAUGUAUGAUAAGAUGUAUGAUAAGAUGUAUGAUAUGAUGUAGUUAUAAUUAGAUUACCUAUGUUGUAUGUAGCUACCUGUUAUUAAUUCUACAAGUGUGCAACUGG